GUGCCUUCUCGCCUUCUCGCCUUCUUGCCUUCUCGUAUUCUUGCCUUCUUGCAACUUCUAUAUAUCUGCUGGGGCAAGAGCAACCAACGCAGUUGUCCCACCGCAUCCUUCUCCUUUUCAUAGGCAGGUACCAACUUCACUUCUCAAAUUCUCAACUCGGAUUUCUCAACUUCAUCAACUUCAUCACCCGUCUCGGUUGUUCUCCAACAGCACCACUUUCUACCCUCCAAACAUCAUUCCAACCUCACUCAAAACUGUUCAUCAGUCCUCGCAGCCAUGGCUCUCGACCACGCCCAAGUUCCCAAGACCAUUCCCCGCCCCGUCGAUGACGGCCUUGCCUCUCACCUCCUGGGUUCCACUAUCCCCGCCGACCUGAGCCUCGUCUCCACCCAAGGAACAUCUGUCAGGCUGGCUGAGCUGCCAGGUCUCACUAUUCUCUUCUGCUACCCUCGCACCGGCGCGCCGGAGAGGCACUAUCGUGACAACUUUCCCCUGCUGACGGAGCUGGGUGCCAACGCCGUCUUCGGCUUGAGCGUUCAGGACUCCGCCUACCAGCAGGAGGCCAAAGAACGCCUGGGUCUGCCCUACGACCUGCUGAGCGAUGAGAAGCUGGAGUUUGUCAAGGCCAUGAAGAUGCCGGUCUUCGAGUGGGAAGGGAAGCCGCUGACCAAGCGAAUCACCCUCGCCCUCAGAGAUGGAAAAGUGGAGCAUGUAUGGUACCCGGUUUUCCCUCCUGAUGAGAAUUCCGCCCAAGUUGCAGCAUGGUUGGGAGCCCAGUAG